GGACACAGUCUCCUGCCCGCAUCGUAAUGGAAGUCGUCUGGGGGUCAUCUGUUCUGUGGUGAGCCAGAGUGAAGACAGUGUCCUCCCUGUGGAGACCCAAUCAACUGGGACUGGGAACAGCGAUUCUGAGUCCACUCCCACUCCCUGAACUCAGACCACUACCAUGGGGUCACCUUGGGCCAAGCAACCAAAAGUAUUUGCUCCGAGCUCCUUGUGCCAACAGGCUCACAAGCACAUUCUUCGUGGAGUGGAGCCCCCCACGUGUAAGCAGUGUGAGGGGCCCUUCCCAUCUGCUCAGCACCAUGAUGUGCCCUCAAACAACCCUGUGACACAGGAUCUCUCUGAUGGUCAACGAGGUGGACACACACUGAGUCAGCCGUCACAUCUGAGUAAUCCUAAGCAAGACCGGACAGAAAACAAACGUUAUAUAUGUCCCAAGUGUGGCAAGUUCUUCACUUACUCUUCAUCUCUUACUGUACACAAGAAAAUCCAUACAGGAGAAAAGCCUUAUACAUGUGAGGAGUGUGGAAAGGCCUUUGCUCAAUCUUCACAGCAUACUAUGCACAUGAAUAUUCAUACUGGUGCAAAGCCCUAUACAUGUCAGGAGUGUGGGAAGGCCUUCGCUCGAUUCUCGACCCUUCAUGCGCAUAAGAAAAUUCAUACAGGAGAGAAGCCUUAUUCUUGUCAGGUGUGUGGGAAGGCUUUUGCUCAAUCCUCAAAGCUUAUUAGGCACGUGACUAUUCAUACUGGAGAGAAACCGUAUUCAUGUCAGGAGUGUGGGAAGUUCUUCACUCAAUUCUCAAACCUUUCUGUGCACAUGAAAAUUCAUACCGGAGAGAAGCCUUAUUCAUGUCAGGAGUGUGGGAGGGCCUUCUCUCAUUCCUCCAACCUUAGUAGGCAUAUGAAUACUCAUACUGGCGAGAAGCAUUAUUCAUGUCCCGAAUGUGGGAAGGCCUUCAUUAAAUCUUCACAACUUACUGUGCACAUGAAAAUUCAUUCAGGCGAGAAGCCUUAUUCAUGUCAGGAGUGUGGGAAAGGCUUUGCUCAAUCCUCAAAGCUUAUUAGGCACAUGAGUAUUCAUACUGGAGAGAAACCUUAUUCAUGUCGGGAGUGUGGGAAAUUCUUCACUCAAUUCUCAAACCUUUCUGUGCAUAUGAAAAUUCACACUGGAGAGAAGCCUUAUUCAUGUCAGGAAUGUGGGAGGGCCUUCUCUCAUUCCUCCAACCUUAGUAGACACAUGAAUAUUCAUACUGGUGAGAAGCAUAAUUUAUGUUCAAUGUGAAGGGCUUCAUUAAAUUCUC